AUGGCCCGGCAAGUACCCAGUACGUCACAAGCCCUGGCUUACCUCAGCGGACCCAGCCGACCCCUCGAACAAACUGAGGACGCACCCCACGAGGAAAUUUGCCUUUGUACGUCAAUCAAGUCAAGAUCAAUUAUUCUUGGUGCCCGCCUCACUCAACUGACCCCGAAAUCUUCAGGCGUCCGCAGGCAAGGCCUUUGA